AUGGGUGGGGUCUAUUCUGUUGCAUUCUCACGAGAUGGAAAGCACAUCGUGUCAGGGUCAGGUGACAAUACCAUUAGGUUGUGGGAUGCCGGGACUGGCGAGCCGCUCUGGCCACUUCUCGGGGCACAAGGUCAUUCUUUCCAAUCUGUCGCAUUCUCACCGGAUGGCCAGCGUGUUGUGUCUGGGUCAUGGGAGGGAGCCAUCCAGUUAUGGGAUGUCGCGACUGGCGAGACGCAGCGGGCACCAUUAGAGGGAUAUCUGGAUAGUGUUGGCUCUGUUGCAGUUCGCUCAGACGGAACGGACAUUGUGUCUAGAUCUCAAGACCGCACAAUCUACCCAUUCGAUGCACUAGCCAUUCGAGAACAUGACCUGCAACGCUUCAUACGUUUUUCCAUUCAUCCGGGACAACACCUCGUUGAUACAACUGCACUUAUCGACGACAUCACUGACCCGGCGCAAAACGAGUCGGCACUCCCGGUGAGGAUUCGGGAAGAUGACAGAUGGACUGUGAUUGGACCGAAAGAGAGGCUUCUGUUUUGGGUCCCGCCAACUUAUAAUCACCGCUGGGACGAUCCGAGGUUGCGGUGGAUCAUCCCAGUGCCAGAUGCCACUCCAUUGGAUCUCAGCCAUAUGGCUCACGGGUUGUCAUGGGAGUCUUGUUAUCGAAGACACGCAGAUGUUUGA